UUUUAUUUUAGUUCACAAUAGGGUAGGGCUUAUAUUAUACGGUAUUUUCUCCAAUUCCCUGAGAAUGCAAUAAAAGUAAAGUGAAAGAAAAGUGGAGAAUUUUGCUGCGUCGGUUUCAUGUCCUGCGUGAUGGCUGCAAAUCCUUUUUUUGCAUGUUCUUAGUCACAGGUGAAUCCAGACCCAUAUUAUAAAGGCGACUUGUUCAGUGCUGCUCUCUGCCCGUUGCUUUUAUUAUCUCUAUUUUUAGGUCACGCAUACCAUUCCUUUAUAAUUUUCAUAUAUAUAUAUAUAUUUCCAACUUAUGCCACGUGUGAAAGGGAACAAUGGCAAAAGGUAAAAAGGCAGGAUGAGUUCUAUAAGCACUUGGACUCCACCUGCUAAUUCAAAAGCAAAAUUGCAGUCUGGCGGGAAGCUCAGCCUGACAGAGGUUUCUGGGACGUGAAGUCCAGACGCUUUCUGUGGUUGGGCCACUUCCGCUCCAGGAAAGCGUGGCUUUGUAGCUUGCUCCGCUGGGGGAGUAGGGAUGUAUAAUCCAGUGCUCUGACGGUUUGGUGGCAUUUCUGCUACUCGAAGGUGAAGCCCACUCUCUUCAGGGAUUCUGGGAAAUACGAGUCAGGCCCUGAGAGCUGCAGCCGGAAGUUCCGCCCCAGAGAGGUGGGGCCGCGGGCCUCGUGUGCCUUGGGCAUUCUGGGACAUGUAGUUCCCGAGCUCCCGUAGUCCGAGGCACUUCCGCUGCGGGAGGUAGUGAGCUAGGCCUCCGUUCCUCUGAGGAAAGGAGGCUGUUCCUGGACUGCUACUUCUGAUCUGUUUUUCAAGAAAGAAUGCGUCAUUCACAGAUGGAGUCUGGGGCUAUCCUCUGUGUGGAUUUUCCAGAACCACAGACAAGAUCUUCCAGCCUCUUUCCUUUCCUCUGCCCUGACUCCUGAAAGAAUGCUGCAGAAAGAGUGGGAGUGAAGUCUAGGCUCCUGGCACCAGAGCCCCAUUGUUACAGGACUUAGCAGUCACCUUUCUUUCUUGUUACAAGUGGAAGAAGACUGCAGGGACCUCUGUGUCAUGGACAUCAUCAUAUUCUUUUCAGAGUGCCCAGCAAAAGGUUGACAAAGAGGAGUUAUUCGUUGAAUGAUUAUGCAACAUGAAAAAUGCAACAAGUUACUGAAGGGGCAAAGAAGCAACAGAGAGACAAGAUUUAGAAUACUGGCUCUGAUAUGAAAGGUAGAUUCAGGUACCACUCCUGCCUCUUGACUUCACCAAACCUCAGCUUCCUCACCUGUUGAAUGGGAACAAUGAUUUUCACUAUCAUCAUUUGUUGAGAACUUCCUAAAAUGCCAGACUUGGCCUUUCCCCAGAAGCAGGAGGACAAGAUGACCAAGUCCGAGGACGCAGUGACGUUCAAGGACGUGGCUGUGAUCUUCACUGAGGAGGAGCUGGGGCUGCUGGACCAUGCUCAGAGGAAGCUGUACCAAGAUGUCAUGCUGGAGAAUUUCAGGAACGUGGUUUCAGUGGGGCACCCAUCCUUCAAACCAGAUGGUAUUUCCCAGUUAGAGAGAGAAGAAAAGCUCUGGAUAAUGAAGACAGCAGCUACUCAGAGUGGUAACUCCUCAGGAGGCAAGAAUCUAAAUGAGAUGGAGACUCUUCAAGAUAUAGGAUUAAGGUACCUGUCAUAUGAAGAGCUUUUCUGCUCACAAAUCUGGCAACAAGUUACAAGGGAGUUAACCAGGUAUCAAGAUUCCAUGGUAAAUAUUCAAGGAACUGGCUCUCAGUUGGAAAAACAAGGUGAUCUACCCUGUAAAGAUGAGGCAUUCAGUAAUCAGAAUUCACAUCUUCAGGCUCACCACAGAGUCCACACUGGUGAAAAACCCUUCAAAGGAGAAGAGUGUGAGAAAAGUUUCAGUUGGAGCUCUCAUCUUCAAGUUAACCAGAGGGCCCAUGCAGGAGAGAAAUCUUACAAAUGUGAAAAAUGUGAUAAUACUUUCCGUCGGUUUUCAAGUCUUCAAGCGCAUCAGAAAGUCCAUAGUAAAGAGCAAUCGUACAAAUAUGAUGUAUCUUGUAAAGGUUUCAGUCAGAGGUCACAUCUUCACCAUCAUCAGAGAAUCCCCACUGGAGAGAAUUUAUACAAAUAUGAGGAGUAUGGGAGGAAUAUCAGGAAGAGUGCACAUUGUCAAGCUUCUCUAAUAGUCCAUACAGGAGGGAAACCCUAUAAAUGUGAGGAGUGUGGGGUAGGCUUCAGCCAGAGUUCAUAUCUUCAAGUCCAUCAGAGAGUCCACACUGGAAAGAAACCUUAUAAAUGUGAAGAAUGUGGAAAGAGCUUCAGUUGGCGUUCACGACUACAGGCUCAUCAGCGAAUCCACACUGGAGAGAAACCAUAUAAAUGUGAUGCAUGUGGCAAGGGCUUUAGUUAUAGCUCACAUCUUAACAUUCAUUGUAGAAUCCACACAGGAGAGAAACCGUAUAAAUGUGAGGAGUGUGGCAAAGGUUUCAGUGUGGGCUCACACCUUCAAGCCCAUCAGAUAAGCCACACUGGAGAGAAACCAUACAAAUGCGAGGAGUGUGGGAAGGGCUUCUGCCGGGCCUCAAAUCUUCUGGACCAUCAAAGAGGCCACACUGGAGAGAAACCAUAUCAAUGUGAUGCUUGUGGUAAGGGCUUUAGUCGUAGCUCAGAUUUUAACAUUCAUUGUAGAGUCCAUACAGGAGAAAAACCCUAUAAAUGUGAGGAGUGUGGUAAGGGCUUCAGUCAGGCCUCAAAUCUUCUGGCUCAUCAAAGAGGCCACACUGGAGAGAAACCAUACAAAUGUGGUACAUGUGGGAAGGGCUUCAGUCGGAGUUCAGAUCUUAAUGUUCACUGUAGAAUUCACACAGGAGAGAAACCCUAUAAAUGUGAGAAGUGUGGUAAGGCCUUCAGUCAAUUCUCAAGUCUUCAAGUACAUCAGAGAGUCCACACUGGAGAAAAACCAUAUCAGUGUGCAGAGUGUGGGAAGGGCUUCAGUGUAGGUUCACAGCUUCAAGCCCAUCAGAGGUGCCACACUGGAGAGAAACCGUACCAAUGUGAGGAGUGUGGCAAGGGCUUCUGUCGGGCCUCAAAUUUUCUGGCUCAUCGUGGAGUCCACACAGGAGAAAAACCAUAUCGAUGUGACGUGUGUGGUAAACGCUUCAGACAGAGAUCCUACCUUCAAGCUCACCAGAGGGUCCACACAGGAGAGAGACCAUACAAAUGUGAGGAAUGUGGGAAGGUGUUCAGUUGGAGCUCAUACCUUCAAGCCCAUCAGAGAGUUCACACUGGAGAAAAACCAUACAAAUGUGAGGACUGUGGGAAGAGCUUCAGCUGGAGCUCAAGUCUUAUCAUUCAUCAGAAAGUCCAUGCUGAUGAGAGUGAGAAAGACUUUCCUUCAUCAGAGGAUUCACACAAGAAAGAAGCUCAAUAAAAUUAUGUUUUAAUAUCUCAAAUGGGUGCUUAAAUAUUCCAAUUAUCAGAGCCAUCAUAGGAGACAAAGCAUUCGUUUCAUAAAAGAGUCAGUAUUUCAGCUGGAGUUCUGCAUGUCACAGUGGUUAGGAGACCACACAGCAGAGAAGCCUCAUGAGAGUGGAGACAUACAGACUUCAUUCAGAACCUUGACACUUAGCAGAUACAUGCAAAUGAGAGGCUCAGGAAGGAUGAUUCUGAUCUGCAGUUAACCAAAAGUACUACAAUGGAAAUGCCAAACUCUAUUCUAAAAUACAAGCUCCAAAAAGAGAGAGACUUCAUUGACUGCCACACCAACUCUGCCUUUUGAGUGCCUAAUAUAUUCCUGACUUCACAAAAAGGACCCCAGAGAAGUAGAGGGAGUGGCUCUGACUGCUGACAACAAAGCUCCGGCACUUUUCAGGAACAAUUUUGCAUUCCCACG